AUGAUGGAAGGCGAAAUGAAAUUUGUCAUCGUCUCAAUAAUUGUUAUGAUAUUGAUGAUGAUGGAAUCGAUAAAUGGUCAAACAUGUUUCAAUAUGUGGGAUCCUAUAUUUGAAGCGAAUUUCGAUAAUCCACCAACAAUGUGUCCUGUUAGUACAACAAGUGGAGCAUCUUGUGUAUUUCCAUUUGUUUAUGACGGAAUAACUUAUGUGAACUGCACAAUUCAAGGUCCAAAUAAUGCUGAUUUUGAACCUCAAUGUGCUACAGCAGUUGAUUCGAAUAAUGUUCCUAUUACUUGGUCCAACUGUAUAGUUCCAACUGAUGCUGUGAUCUUCUAUGCAACAGUUCGAAAAAAUGGUCCAUGGACACAAAAUACAGGUAGUUUACAAGGUGGAACGAUGUUAUGGAUUUAUGGAGCUCGAUUUGCUCCAAAUGGUUUUAGUACAACCCCAUCAACAUCAACAACAAAUACUGUUCAAUUAGUUGAUGGGUAUUCAGUUUAUGAUUGUGAAAUGCAUAUAGAUAAAAUAACAUCUACUCAAUUGACUUGUUAUGCUCCAGUAAUCCCUGAGGGUCUUUAUCAAAUUCGAGUUUAUGUCAAUGAUAAUUUAAUUCCCCUUUAUCAAUAUACUAAUAAAACUCAAGCAACAUUUGCAGCUGUUCCAAGUGCUACACCAAUAAUUAGUAAUAUAAUGCCACAAACUGGAACACCACAAACCUUAAUAUCAUUAUCUGGAAUAUUUCAAACAGCAUGUAUUUCACGUGAUAUUGUUGGAUGUUCAGAUGAUAAUAAUCCACUUAUUUCUCGAACAUAUGUUGGUGGUCAUCUUUGUAAUUUAAUUAAUCCAAUAACUGGAGCAAAUUAUUCAGUUGUAACUGAUACUUAUCUCCAAUGUUUUUUUGAGGGUACAGAAGUUGGUUUAUUUAAUAUCAGUGUACUUGUCACUAAUCAAUAUGGACGUACAUUGGUUAAUUCAAAUUUAUAUCGUAUAUCAGCUAAUGAAAAAUUAUAUAAUUUUCAAAGUUAUGCAGUUAUAUCAAGUGUGUCUCCAACUAGUGGUAGUACACAAGGUGGUACAAUAUUGACAAUUACUGGAAAUUUUUUUAGUACUAAUGUUGCAUAUCCAUUAAUUGUUAAUGUUGGUGGACAACCAUGUACAAUUUUAUUUACAAAUUUAACAAUAAUUCAAUGUCAAAUUCCAUCAAUAACAGUACCAAGUAGUCGUGGUCUAGAAUUAUAUCAUGAUUCAGUUGCAUAUACACAAGCAACAUUAUCUAGUACUAAUCCUCCUUCACCAAGUUCAGCUGCAACUCACAUGUCAAUUGAUGAUGCAUCUUAUGUUUCCAAUAGUUCAUCAGAUGAAACUGUUUGGAUUAUUGGUUUUGUCCGAAUUAGUAAAACAGCAAUAUUUACAUUUUCAUUACAAACAAAUGGCAAUGGUGCUUUAUUUUUAAGUACAGAUGAUGAUCCAUCGAAUAAAAUAUUGAUUGUAGAUCCACCAUCAUAUAAUCAAUCGGGCGAUAUUGUUUUACAAAAUAAUACAAAUUAUUAUAUCUUUUGUGUUGCUUCUCGAACCGGUGGUUAUUUGAAUGUAUCAAUUCAAGGAAGAAUGCAUGAGACAACAUUGACAGCGACAACAUCGAGUAUGGUUCUAAAUGAAAUUCAACGUAUUGAUGUCAAUGCAAAUGUUGUAUCUGAACGUCAGAUACUUGUUUAUACAACAAAUUCAAAUGGAAAUGGAACAUCUGAAGUACAAUCAGUUCAAGUAGAUAAUUCAAUAUUUCAAAUAGGAUUUCGUGGUGCAUAUACAGCUCUACUCAAUGGUCAACCAACUCCAGAAGUUGUUCAAACGGCUUUAAAUGAUUUACCAACAAUUUAUCCAUUAUCAGUUACAGUAACAGCUACAAGUACACUGUAUAUAAUAACGUUUCCACCUGAAAUGGAUAAUGUACCAUUACUUACUUGUAUUUCAACAUCAACAAAUCCUCCUAAUGUUACUGAAAUAGUUCAAGGUGUUGCAUCAGGUUCUCAAAUAGCAUUUGAAUUUGAUGGUCAAUUAACAGAAUAUAUUGAUUUUACAAAUAAUAGUAUAAGUUCAUCAAAACUUCAAUCAAUAUUUAAUGAAGUAUUUAGUAUUCAAUGUCCAAUAUCUCUUAAUAACAUUGAAGCAACAACAUCAAUUGUUUAUCUCGAAGAUUUUGAAACAAAUUGCUAUUAUGAUGAAACAAAUAUCGAAUUAAAUGCAUUUUGUGGACAAUGUUCGCAAGUAACAAAUGUAGUUGUUAAUGGAAAUACACAAAUUGGUAAUUAUUUAUGUUUUGCAUAUAAAUUAUCACACGAUUAUGUUAUUGAACUUGAUCUUGCUAUACAAAUGAAUGGUGAUACAAUAGAUACAUAUUAUCCAACAAUACCAUUAUCAUUAAAUGCUGAUCAAAAUUGGCAUUAUAUUUGUAUCAAUAUACUUAGUGAACUUACAUCUCAAUCAAGUAGUUAUAAUUCUCCAUCGUUAGUUAUAACAUAUGCUACGCUUGACAGAAAUAUUUUAAAUAGUAUUACAAUUGAUACAGUAACAAUUCGAACAUCAUUACCAAAUGGUUAUGAAGAUGUAAGUUCAUAUCCAAUUGAUCAAUCAGCAUCAUCUUCAUGUGUUUUUCCGUUUUAUUAUAAUGGACAACAAUAUUCAAAAUGUAUAUUAAAUCCAAAUAAUAAUUUACCUAUUUGUGCUGAUGCUUCAAAUCAAACAUAUGAAUGUAGUAGUUCAUCAAUUGAAGGUGUUCGAAGACUUUAUCCUAAACAUCAAUUAGUUUAUAAUACAUUAAAAGUUGUAUACACAUCAAAUAAUAAUACAAUUGAUGUCUCAUAUCGAUACAGCGAUUGUUUUCGUCCAGCAUUGAUUGUAUCUUAUCCAAUUUCAAGUACAACGAUCACACGUUUAUCACAACCCUCAAUAAGUGCUAGUGGAACAUUUGAUCUUGUAUUUAAUGCACAAACUUAUCCAUCGAUUCCAGUUAAUAUAACAGCUGCAGAUCUGGCUAAUCGACUACAACUAUCAUCUGAUUUUGGAUUUUUGAAUGUAACACGUUUAGGUUACUGUACAGGUUAUUCCUAUUUAAUUGAAUGGAUAGCAAAUGGUGGUCAGAAAACAGAUAUUUCAAUUACAAAUGCUGGUUCAGUGGCACCAGUUGGUACAACAGUAACUGCCUCUGUUGUUCAACAUGGUGGUGUUCUUUAUAGCCCUUUACCCGGGGAUUUGACAUGUACCUAUCACACAGUACCACAGGUUGAAGUAUUUGUUGGUGGAUAUCCAUCGUUAUGUUCGGAUAAUACUUGUGAUUUUCAAUGGUUAUCCAGUCAAACUCCAACGAUUUCAUCAGUAACACAAAAUGGAAUGUCUUUAACAAUUACUGGAACAGGAUUUAGUACUAUACUCAGUUCAAAUACAGUAUUGAUUGGAACAUCUGGUUCAUGUACAGUUUUAUCAGCAACAACAACAUCAAUUAGUUGUACUAUUAGCAAUGCUCCUUCUGGUAUUUAUACUGUUGGAAUUAAUGUUACUGGGAAAGGUUAUGCCUUGGAAAGUACGAGUUUUACAGUUACUAUUCCAUUACAAAUCACAUCAAUAUCCCCAAGCAGUGGUGGUGCAGGUGGAGGAUAUACAUUAACAGUAACAGGUACAGGUUUCUCACAGAAUGCUGUCGUUACCGUCGAUAAUAAUAUUUGUUCAAAUCCUAUAAUAACGAAUUUUUCAAUAAUUACAUGUAUUGUGCCUGCUACAACGGCAAUAAAUAAUAUUCAAGUGAUUGUUUCUGUUGUUGAUGGUACAUCAGUAGUUAAUGGUCCAUCUUUAUUUACCUACAAUGUGAACAAUACACCGACAAUUACAUCACUUAGUUCAAGUGUAGUUAGAGUAGCUGGUGAGCAAUUAACUAUAAUUGGUACAUUAUUUGGUACUAAUUCAAUAUCUGUUCUUAUUGGUAAUUCAACUGCAACUAUCGUUUCAUCAUCAAACACACAAAUCGUUGUUAUAUUACCUUCGUUACCAGCUGGCAUUUAUCCCGUUUAUGUAUCAACAAUAAAUGGUUAUGCUCGUCCAUCAACUCAAAUUGAAUAUCGUUUUUAUGUACAAUCAGUAUCUCCACAAGUUGGUUCAUUGUAUGGUGGCACUGAUGUUUAUGUACAAGGUCAAGGUUUUGAUAAUUCGACAACUGUUAAUUUUACGAAUGAUGCAUCUGAAAUACCUUGUAAUGUAGUUUCUGUUCAAUCAACACAGAUUCAUUGUGUAACAACGGCAGCUGCUCCACAACUAAUUAUUACAUCGAAUGGCAUCGAUCCAAUCAAUGGUGCUGGUUUCGCAUGGCUACCACAAUAUGCUACUGUACAACAAGGUGCUAAUGUUACUUGGCAAUGGGGUUUAUCAGCACUUCUUUCAUCGAUUACAUACAAGGUUCAACAACUACCGAAUGGAUACGCCACAAACGCAUUAUCUGGUGGAUUUGAUUCUGGUAAUGCGUCAACAUCUGGUUCUUUUUCAUACCAAUUUCUUACAUUGGGAAACUAUUAUUAUUGGUCAACACCCGUCGAUUCAACUGGUUUAAUAAGUCUUCGUGGUGUUAUUACUGUAGUAGCAGCUGAACCACAAACACUUACUGUUGAAGUUACAUCAAACUCAUUUACUGCUCAAUCAUGUGUAUUUCCAUUUACUUUCAAUGGAACAAAUUAUACAUCAUGUACAACAAUUGAUGAUACUCAAUUGUGGUGUUCUCCAUCGGCUAUUUACACUGGUCAACGACUUUAUUGUACACCAACUAAUUCAAUACCUGUUUCAUCGUGUAGUUCAAGUACGGUUCUCAAUCCAUCCACAUGUUCACAAACAGUUCCAACAAGUUCUCCACUUGAAUUUCUAUUUACACCAUGCACCAUUGGAUCAGUUACAUCAAUUUCACCUUUAGUCGGUAGUGCAGGAACUUCGAUUACGAUCACUGGAACGGGUUUUAGCUCAACAGCAUGUGAAAAUAUCGUAGAAAUUGGUUUAUCAUAUACGUGCCCAAUUAUCAGUGCAACAUCUACACAGAUCAUUUGUGAAAUUGCAACUGGAUCAUUACUAAAUGGUAAAACAAAUCAAAGUAUACAAGUAGCUCAUGAUCAACAAGGUUAUUUAAUUAAUGAUGGAGCUUUACAAUUUCAAUUUAAAGCAAUCAUCGAUAGUAUUUCUCCUACACAAGGUUCAACUGCUGGAGGUACACUAGUGACAAUAUAUGGAGAUGGUUUUGUUCCUGCUGAUACACGUGUUAUUGUUGGUGAUACAGAAUAUACAAGUAUAGCUUCUAUUACUUAUUCUCAAAUAACAUUCACAACUUUACCAUUAACAAUACCAGCCUAUCUUGAUCAAGAUAUACCUAUUACUAUUUUAGUUGGUACUAAUACUGUCAUUUGUUCACCAAUAAGUUGCACAUUUCGAUGGUCAUCUAGUGUAACACCUUAUAUUAAUUCUGUUAGUCCAACAUCUAUCACUGGUCCAGCUACAUUAACAUUGACUGGUGAGAAUUUAGAAGCUAGUAAUUCAGCAACUAUUUCAAAUACUUAUGUAACUAUUAAUAAUCAUAUAUGUAAUGUUACAUCAAUCAUCAAUUCAACAAUUAUUUGUCAAGUGGACAGUAUUGAAGCUGGAACUUAUACAGUUAUUGCAUCUAUUUCAGGUGUAGGAAAUGUUAUUUCAUCGGCUUCUGUAACAUCCGUAGCAAGUCUUACAAGUGAAUCACCAACAAAUAUUGGAAUUUAUGGUGGUGCUCUGGUGACAAUACUUGGUAAUGGAUUUUCAAAUACUAGUUCAGUUAAAAUUGGUUCAAAUCCAUGUACAAUUGUAUCAAUAAGUACUUCUCAAAUUGUAUGUACAGCACCUGCACAAAAUACAAAUCCAUUAUCGUCUCUUGUGAAUGUUACUUCGAAUAGUGUUCGUUUUCCAUCAACAUUAUAUAUUAGUUAUAGUUCUUCCAUUACACCAAUUGUUUCAUCAAUUAGUCCAACAUCAGGAAGUAUAUCUCAAGUAUUAACUAUUACUGGAUCGAAUUUUGUCAAUGGUCAAACAAAUGUUUUCGUAGGUGGUGUAACUUGUACAAUAAAUAGUAUUUCAUCUACAUCAAUCACAUGUACAGUUGGUUCAAUUCCAGCUGGUUAUCAAUCUGUUAUUGUUCAAAUACCAUCAGUUGGUACAUCAAAUUCGAAUAUUCAAUUUCUUUCUUCGCUGUCAGUAAAUAAUGUGGUACCUAAUCAAGGUAGUUAUGGUGGCGGUCAAUUAGUAACAAUUACUGGUAAUGGAUUUAAUGGAUCCGCUGUUGAUGUGACAAUAUGUAAUCAACCAUGUCAAACUGUUACAGUAUUAUCUAACACUAUAUUAACAUGUGAAACACCUUCAGCAACCGUUUCAUCAUCGGAUACAACGUGUACUUUAAUAGUAACAGUGAAUGGUUUAUCACAAAAUAGUGUAUUUACUUAUCAGAAUAGUCUCACAUCAACAGUAAUAUCUGUUAGUCCAACUCGAGGUGGAACAGGUGGUGGAACAACAUUGACUAUUACUGGAACGAAUUUUCCAAAUUCAAUAAAUGAUGUAUCAGUAAGUAUUGCAGGUGUUAGUUGUUCAGUACAAACAAUUAGUUCAACUACUAUCACUUGCUUCACUGGAAGUUAUGCUCAAACAACAGUUGAGGCGACUGUUAUUGUUAGUGUUACUAAUGCGGGUAAUGCCAUAAGUUCAGCACAAUUUCAAUAUAUCGAUCUUUGGUCAAGUUCAUGGACAUGGGGUGGAGAAGCUCCACCUGAAGCUGGUACUAUUGUAGUAAUUGAUAAUGGAAAAACAGUUUAUUUUGAUACAAUAACUCCAAUAAUAACAGCAAUUAUUAUUGAUAAUGCAUCAUUAAUAUUUGAUGAUAAUCAAGAUGUUGCUUUAAAUGUUAAAUAUAUAUUAGUUGUUAAUGGAGGUCAUUUUCAAGUUGGUACAGAAUCUAAUCCAUUUCAACAUAAUGCUAUUAUAACUAUGUAUGGUCAAUUAAGAUCCAUUGAAUUACCGAUAUAUGGAGCUAAAGUAUUGGCAUUACGUGAUGGAAUAGUAGAUAUGCAUGGAAAAGAUGUUGGUCAAACUUGGACACGUUUAUCAUCAACAGCAACAAUGGGAUCAUCACAAAUUAGUUUACAAAUUCCUGUUAAUUGGGGAAUUAAUGAUAGUAUUGUUAUCGCAACAACUGGUAAUUAUGAAAGUCAAGGUGAAAGUGAAGUACGAACAAUAGUUGGCAUAUCAUCAAAUCGUUUAACAUUAACAUUAGAUUCUCCAUUAAAUUAUACACAUUUGGGUAUAACAAAAACUGUUGGAACAACAACAGUUGAUAUUCGUGCUGAAGUUGGUCUUCUUUCGCAUAAUAUUUUAUUCCAAGGUUCAGUUGAGCAAACAUGGGAUCAAACAAUUCCAGCAUGUCCUGAUGGAUUUGAUCCAGGAGAAUUUGCUACGAUGACAUGUUUUCUUGGUCGAUAUGGAGAAGAAAUAGGUUCAGAUCAAUUUGGUGCAACAAUAAUGGCUAGUGCAAGUAAUAGUAGUUCAACUGGAGAUCAACCAGCUAUUCUUCGUUUAUCAAAUAUUGAAGUAUUUAAUGCUGGUCAAGCAUUUCGUCUUGGUCGAUAUCCAGUACAUUUUCAUAUGAAUGGAAAUAUGAGUUUAUCUUACGUUAAAAGUUCAGCAAUUCAUCAAACAUUUAAUCGUGCAAUUAAUAUUCAUGCUUCGAAUUAUUUAACUAUUCAAAAUAAUGUUGUUUACGAUAUUAUGGGUGGAGCAAUGUUUCUUGAAGACGGCGUGGAAAUAGGAAAUAUUUUUGAUGGAAAUUUAGCUGUGUUUGUUCAAACAAGUUCAAGUCUAUUAAAUGAAGAUGUCACACCUGCUGCUAUUUGGGUAACAAAUCCAAAUAAUAUAGUUAUAAAUAAUGCUGCUGCUGGUGGUACUCAUUUUGGUUACUGGUAUCGUAUGCUUGAAACACCUGAUGGACCAUCAUUUUCUACAUUUCCGGAUUUUUGUCCUUUUCGACAACCAUUUGGUCGUUUUUAUAAUAAUAGUGUUCAUAGUGUUGGUCGAAUUGGUGUUUGGAUAUUUCCUGAAUACAGUCCAACAGUUGCUGGUAGUUGUUCAAAUGAUGCUCCUUAUCAAGCAGUUUUUGAAAAAGUAACAACAUGGGGAAAUGCUCGAGGCUUCGAAUGGGUUAUGUCAAGUACAAUUCAAAUAAAAGGUGCUAUUGCUUUUGAUAAUGUUGAAGCUGGUCUUUCAUGUGUUAGUGCUAUUAAUGAUCAAGCAACAAAUUUACCUAAUCUUCAGGCAACAUUCUAUAAUAUAAGUGCUGGUUCAUCAGUAAUAAAUUCUUUAAUUGUUGGUGAUUCUGGAACAUCAUCAAGUAGUAUUGUACCAUCAGAUGGUGGACUUAUUGUUAUGUGGGAUCGUGGUCUACGAGUACAAAAUGUAACAUUUAUUAAUUUUCCAGAUCCCGAUACUCAAGCUAUUCGUGGUCCAAUUAUUGAAGGUCGUUGUGUAGUAGGAUGUGGAGGUUGGUUAACAAAAUUUUCUCAAUUAAAUUUUAUUAAUGUACUAAAUCGUGGUCAAUUUCGAUGGUCAUAUGAUGGUAUAUAUCAGGAUGAAGAUGGUACAUUAGGAAAUAUUCCUGGAGCAACAAUAAUGCCACCUGAUGGUCUUUGGAAUACAUCAAAUGCUUGUACACCAACACCACAUUUUGUUAAUUCAAUAACAUGUCCAGGAUCAUUAGGAAAUUUUCUACGAUUUUCAUUCAAUCAAGCCAAUCUUGAUCAAAAUGGUGAAACAUUAUUUAUAUAUGAUUCAUCGAAUCAUGUAACUAAUGUUCCAUCCCUUCAGAAACGAUUGACUCAUCCAAAUGGUUAUAUGAUGGUAUUACAAUCUAAACAAACCUAUACAUUUGAAUUUGAAAAUGAAAAUAGCACAACAAACUUAUCCUAUACUGGUGUUGUUUAUAGUUUAUCUCCUGGUGAUUAUUUAAUAAUUCAACAGAAAAUGGAUUAUAUGCCUGAUCAAGUUAAUACAAUAUCGAGUUCAUCAAUGGUAACACAAUCUUCAACGCCAUUAUCAGGUUUAACAAGUAAUAAUGGUGAUUGGUAUUAUGAUAAUGAUACAUCCUUAUUUUCAUAUAUCGUUAAAAAUCCUUCAACAAAUGUAUUGCAAACUGAUGUAUCAUUAUAUUUAAGCGCAAUAAAAUGUCGUUAUCCCAAUUGUGUAUAUCCAAUCUCACCUGGUCUUACUCUUCCAGCAACAGCUCGACCAAGUACUGCAUUAUAUUGGUCAAAUGAUUCGGAUUGGUCAUUUGCAACUCAAGGUUAUGGAGGAUACGGAAGUAUUAAACCUGGUAAUGGUACAGAUAUUUAUAUUCCAAGUGAUAUUUGGCUUGUUGUUGAUUAUCCAUUACCAACAAUUCUUUCCUUACGUAUUGAUGGAGUUUUAGAAUUUGAACAAGGUAUGAAUAAUAUAUUAAAUGUGAAUAGUAUUCUAAUAAAUGGUGGUCAAUUGAUUGUUGGUUGGCCUAAUGAUCCAUUGACAUCGAAUGUUGAUAUUGUAAUACAAGGUGAUGCAUCAGUUAAUGUUCUUUUACCAAACGAUGGUGGAUCAAUUGGACCAAAAGUAAUUGGUGUUUUGGGUGGUCUUGAUCUUCAUGGUUUACCUCGAAAUGUUUCUUGGACAAGACUUGGUGCAACAGCAUUAUCGAAUCAAAAUACAAUUGUUUUAAGUGAACCAGUUGAUUGGAAUGUUGGUGAUGAAAUUAUACUAACAACAACUGAUAAUAGUUUAUCACAUACUGAACGACAUACAAUUGAAACAAUUAGUUCAAAUCAAUUAGUUAUAACUACAGUUCUUGCUCUUAAUUAUACACAUAUCGUUAUUAAUGAAGUUUAUCCAAAUGGUCGAAUAGUUCAUAUUGCUGGUGCAGUUGGUUUAUUAACACGAAAUGUUCGAGUUAUUAAUCGUAGUCCAGCUUCAGAGUUAUUUGGUUUUCGAAUAUAUAUUAGUGAUUAUGCAACUAAUAUUUGGAAUCCAUCUAGUUCUGAAUAUCUUUAUACAUAUUACAAAGGUUUUGCAAGAAUUUCGGAUACACACUUUAUUGGCUAUGGACAAUUUGUUGAUGCACCAGAUGAAGAUAAACGAGAAGGUAUUCAUAUGUAUGAUUUAGGUGAUUGGAAUGCUUCUCGGCCAACUUAUGUUGAUUCAUGUUCAUUCGACGGAGGAUCUUAUUCAGCAAUUGGUAUUUGGAAUACCUCUGGCGUGCCAAUUACUAAUAAUGUUGUUUAUAAUACAUAUCAAUCUGGUAUUGUUACUGCGGGACAAAAUACUAUUAUUGAUGGAAAUCUUGUUGUCACUGUCUAUUGGUCAGGUACAGCAGAACCUAGUACUGCUUCACUUGAUAUCAAUUAUGAUGGAGCAAUUAUGUCUCGCGAUGGUAUUAGCGUUGUUAUGACGAAUAAUUUUGUCGCUGGUGUUGAACGUAUAGGUUAUCGUGUUCAAGGAGAUGCUUGCCCAAAUACAACUGUGUCAUCAAAUAUUACGAAUCAUUAUGCAAAUAACGAAGUUCAUUGUGCUAUGGCGGGUGUAGCGAUUUGGCCGACUGAUCCAGGUUUUGGUUAUGAUACAGAAUGUGUCCUAUUCAGUGGAUUUACAACAUAUAAAUCAUGGUAUUAUGGUCUCUAUAUCAAUACAGAUCGAAAUAUAAUUGUUGAUUCAUGUACAGUUGUUGAUGGAAGUGUUGGUAUAUUAACAUUUGUUAUUGGACCUUCACCAUUGACACAUAUGCCAGGAAAUAAUUCAAUAGUUAUUCAAAAUUCAUUAGUUAUUGGAAGUAUAACUCCCGAUGAUUGUGAUGAUGUUCUUGAUACAACAUCAAAUAAUGUUAUUUAUGCGGCAACAGCUAUUCCAUCAGUAUCAGCAACAUCAACUGAUACGGAUCCUGGCGGAAGAUCGGGUAUUGUCUUUCCAUUUAUAUCUGGUGGUGAUAAUAUGAUGCCACGACAUCCAUGGACAAAUAUUGAUGCUUAUCCAUGCAUAAAUGGUAUAAUGAAAAUAAUUAAUGUAACAUUUACACAUUUUAAUGAUAUAUGUUCUCGUCGAGAUAUUGCUAUUCAAGUAGCUCAACAUGAUGAUGAUGGACAAUUUCCUGUUGUAACCAGUUUAAUGUCACUUUAUAAUGUUUCACAAGGAAAUAUUAUAUUUAAUGGUCGACCAAAUCUUGAUGUUGUUGAUCCAAGUGAUUGUGUUGAUAUGGAUUGUGAUGGUCUCAAAAAGAAUUUACUUAUUGAUACAGAUGGUACACUUGUUGGUCAACCGUCAAGUAUAAUAUCUCAAGCAGGUUAUGAUUGGGGUGAUCAAGCUCAUGGCGUUGGAGAUUAUCGUAUUCCAGAAGCUGCAUUAAGUAAUUCAAAUGGUCAAAUGAUAAAUAUAAAUACAACUUAUCCUUAUCGUGGUAUUAGUCUUGAUUCGACAUGUGUUUAUCAAUCAUCAUGGCAAAUGUAUUUAUGUCGAAAUCGCCCACAAUAUCGAAUGCUAAUUAUUGAAAGUAUGGAUUCUGAUACUGAAACUCGACGACUGUCUCCAAUUGCAGUUAUGUCUGAUAAUGGUUAUAUUGAUUUAUUAAAUGGUCCACAAGAUCAUGGUUGGUGUGAUGGAUAUACAUGCCAAAAACGAAUAUCAACAUUUAUGUCAUUAAUUGAAAGUCAACAUCAAUAUAAUAUUUAUUUAUCAAGUACACCACCAAAUCAAAUACGUUUUAGAAUAUUAAAUAGUGAUGCAACUAUUGUUAAUUCAAUAGCUCUGUAUUAUAAUUCAAUACAACAAAUUGAUGUUUAUGCAAAUGGAAUUUAUGUUUAUCCAGCAAAUCGUAAUCCAUCCUAUCAAAAUACUUUAAUGUUAACUGAUCAACCAACUACUCUAUCUUAUUCAUUACCAGCUGGUUCUAAUUAUUUUAAUAGAACAACUCAAAUGGCAUCAUUUAUAAUUGAUGGUGUUACUGUUAUUGAUCUUAAGAUAUCUCAAUUACUUGUUCUUAGUUUUAAUCUUCCAGCUGUAUCAGUUUCAACAUUUUAUUCGUCAAAUCUUGUCGCAAAUUUAGCUGCACUUCUUGGCGUUAGUUCAGAUAUGAUUCGAAGUGUUAAUAUUGUUUCAGCUAAUAAUAACACUCGUGUAUAUCGUCGACAAAUAAGUUCAGUUGUAUUACGUAUUGAAUUACGUUUUGAGCCAGCAACUAAUAUUAAUAUGGAUACAUCGAAUCAAACUGAAGCUUUAUCAAAUAUAACAGCAUCAAUUAUAAGUCGUUAUCAAUCAAAUGAUUUACAAACAUCAUGGUUAAAUUAUCCAUCAUUAGGAAGUGUUGUACCAACAGGUUUAAAUGUUCAAGAACCAUUAAAUGAAUCAUCAGUUCCAUUAAGUACUAUUGAUCGAAUUGCACUCAUUACACCUCCAACAUUAUGUCGUGAGCAAAGUCCUUGUGAUAUUCAACCAGUAUUAGUUGCAUAUGAUUCAUCGGGUAACAUAAUUAAUAAAUUAGGUUCGAUUGAUCAACCAUGGCAAAUCCAAGCAACUAUUAUUGGACAACCAAAUAUGGUUCUUAUUGGUGCUAUUGCCAAUUAUUCAAAUGGUCAUACACAAUUUACAUCAUUUGCGUUUCCAUAUAUGGGAACUUAUCAAGUUCAAUUUUCUUUCGUUUUAUCAAAUGGUCUUAGCAGUUCAUUUGUAACAACAAGUAGUUUAAUAAUAAAUUCACCAUCUGUAUCAGUGACUCGUGCAACAUUAUCAGGAACACAAAUAAAUCCAAUAUCUGUUGUAUCAAUUAAUGAAACAUUCAAUAUAUCAGUUGUUAUUGUUGAUAGGAUUUCUCUUUAUCCAAUUAGUAAUAUAACAUGGAGAAAUUUAAUUUGGUCUGCAAGUAUUUCACUUUAUGAAUUAUCGGAAUAUAAUCCUCAAGGUUCAUUAAUUAAAAGUUCAUCAUCAAUGAUAAUUAUUGAUACAAAUACAGGAAUAAUAACAGGAACAAAUUUAGCUAUUAAUCAAACUGGAAUGUAUAUAUUGAAUAUUAUUGUAACAUCAGCGAAUGGAGAAUAUUCAUUUGAAAUUACAACAAGUGGAAUUUUAGUUAAACAAAUCAACAGUAUACUUAUAGUAGAUGUAGGUACUCCUGUAUCAUAUAUUCGAUUUACUGGUGAUUUUGAUAUGUUAAAUUCAACUGGAAUGUUAGAAAUAAAACGAGCAAUUAUUUAUAAUUAUUUAAUUAGUAUUCGAUUACCUAUUAUUAGUGAUUCAACUAUUUACAAAGGAAGUGUUAUGUCAUCAUUUGUCGUUGAUUCAGUACCAGAGAAUGCAUCCUAUGCUGUACAACAAGCGCAAUCUAAUAAUCAACCUAUAUCAGAUCUAGUGACGACAGAACUUGUUAUUAAUAGUCAGUCAUUUAUUAUUCCAUCUAGUGGAAGUUCGACAUCAAAAACAGGCUUAAUUGUUGGACUUACUGUUGGUCUUGCCGCUGGAUUAGGUGUCAUACUUGCUGUAAUCUAUGCUUCUUAUAAAUUCAAUAAACGAUUUAAACAUCGUCGUUUAAUAAAUGAUACUGAAAUGAACAAUAGAUCAAAUGGUCCAGAAAAUGAUUCAUUAACUUCACCUGAAACAUCAGGAUUACAAUCAACACCAAUCAGCAAUCCUGCAUUGCCAACAGAAACGACACGAGUUCCAUCUGCUGUUAGUGUUACUACACUUAAUGUAACAGAAACAAUUAAAUCAAUGACUCCUGUUCAACAUAUUUGA